UUGAAACGGGUAACGAGAACGAGAAUCGAGACUGGAGGGAGAAAGUUGCGCGAGGGUGCGAGAGGGUGCGAAAGAAAGAAGAAAGAACUAGCGAGAGAGAGGAAAGCUGGGAGCGGGUCGAUCGAAAGCGCAGCGCAGAGAAAUGCACCACCUCUGCUCUUCUCUGGCAGCUUUAGUCUUAUACACACACAGAGACACACAGACACACAGAACGGCGCAACGCGUAUGAGAGAAAGAAGGAGAGCGAUAUAGAGGGAGACAGAAGAACGACCAAUAGCAAGUGAGCGGCAGGGGAGGAAAGCAGGGGAGAAAGGAAGGAAGGAAGGGUGGAAGGGAGGAAGGGAGGACUCGGCAAGCGGACUCGCGUUGGGCUAGGUCAGGUCUAACCGAGUUCCACGCACACCGUUGCUCUCUCUCUCUCUCCCUGGUAUACGCGAGAGUUGAGAGCAAACGGAGACCGUCCUUUUCCACGUCUCCUACGAGAAUAACAGGGAACACUCGCGAAGACUCCCCAACGCCAAGACUUUGAACGAUUUUAAUCGGUUUGCAAAUUCGAUAAGGAACCAUUUCAAAGCGAAUAUAGAACGUGAACGCGAAUAUACAUCGCGUACUACCCUUCCAACUCGGACGUUGAAAAUUCGAAGCUCCGAAACGAUCGAUCCUACGAGCCGUCCUCCGACCAAUUUCCGCGCCGCGCAACGCGCAAAAUUCUACGCCUCUUUUGCGUUCUCGGAAAAAAAAAAAAUCAACUUUGCAAAAAAAACAAAUAAUCGUAUUUGCUAACACAUAUAUAUCUCGAGGGACGUAAGGCUUAUAUAUCGAUAGGGGUGGCAAGAAAAGGGAAAGGGUGUAACGAAAAAAGGGGGUGGUAGUGCGUGAAAGUGUUUUACUUCGGUCGUUCUGUUAUUCUUUUCUUUUUCUUUUCUUUUCUUUUUCUCUUUCUCUUUCAAAUAUUCAAGUAAACUAGAAUAAAUUAUUGGUUAAGAAAAGAGAUGCUUGCAUUGUGUUUAUCGACGGGUUGCUGCUUAUUGUUGUGCUGCUAGUGGUGCAGGUGCAGGUGCAAGUGCAGCUGGUAAUAGUUAAAGGAUGGAGGCCAGUGAAUGGGAUCACGCGACCUUGAGGGAGGAGGAAUUCGAACAACAUGCCGUAUACUUGGUGCCGGAUGUUACGGCAUCGCCUAGCGAUACCAAUCGAGCGGAAGCUUCCUUGCCAAGGAACCUCGUACUCAAGCCCUCUCAAGCCCUCAACGAUGUACGUUCAUCCACGAAAGAAUCCUUUCUCGAGACCUCCUCGAUGUUGGGUGUAUGGAGUACAAGUUAUAUCCCAAAAGGCACGCGUUUUGGACCACUGGUGGGCCAGGUUUAUACCAAGGAUUCGGUGCCCGCUGACGCGAACAGAAAAUACUUUUGGAGGGUAUACAAGAACAACGAGUUGUUCUACUACAUCGAUGGUUACGACGUUCAAAAAUCGAAUUGGAUGCGUUACGUGAACCCAGCGUACUCGUCCGAAUCGCAAAAUCUAAUAGCGUGUCAAUAUAAGAUGAACAUUUAUUUUUACACGAUCAAGCCAAUACUUCCGAAUCAAGAACUAUUAGUGUGGUAUUGCAGAGAGUUCGCGGAACGACUUAAUUAUCCGUUAACGGGUGAAUUAAUGCUACAAAGAAUACGUCAACAAGUACAGCAAUCGGCGUUACCAACGGAAAUUUCGGCUAGCGUAGACGUGAUAUCACCGUUGAAGGAUUCGUCGAUUUACGAGAGACGUUCGCAAAUGACGCCAACGGACGGUUCCGUGAGGUCUGACGAAGGUUACCACUCAAACGGUUACCACGACGAAAUCUUGACCCCGCCUGAGGAGAGCAGCGAGUCCGAUUCGGAGAACAACUACGUUCUCGACUUCAGCAAGAACUCAAAGUCCUCCGUGUGCAGCAACGAACCGUUAAAGCCAGACAACGUAGCCGCUAAGAACGAAUACAGAAAGGUUAAGAUCAAGAUAACGAAGACGUACGGUAACUUUCAAGCCGGUACGAAGAGCAAUUUGGAUGGUACAGCAAAGGAGAAGAAUCCAGAGAUUGCGAGCAGAGCGAUGAGCCCGGAGAUACAAAAGUCAGUGUCGCCUGUGAUGCUUCAAAAAACGACCCUCCUGUCGAUGAUAAGCGAAGACGAGACGGACAAAAAUUCAAAACCAUUUUAUGAGCCGGAGGUUAAAGGUAACGUACCUGCAACCACGAGACCAGCCUACAUAACGAGUCCUAGCAGUUCCAUACUCGAAAAUAUUCUUUUACGAAGUACUACGGACAAUAACAAUAAUAAUAACAAUAAUAAUCAGCAGCAGCAACAUCAUCAUCAACAUCACCAUCAUCAUCAUCAACAACAGCAACAACAACAGCAACAGCAGCAUCAACAGCAUCAACAUCAACAACAGCAUCAGCAUCAUCAACAGAACCAUCAUCAAAGUCACACAGCAGAUUCGGUGACGCCACCACCUUCGAGUCCUACGGAAAUGGCUUAUUCUUACAAAAAGUCGCAUCGUUAUGGCAAUAUCUUACCAUGUAGUCCAGACUCCAGUUCGAAUUUGCCGAUGCAGACUGAAUCCUGCGUAAACUCGACCACCAACAACCACGGUCCCGUACCAAUUCCAAGUCCAACUGGUGGACUUCAUUCGAGCACGGGUAAUCUUCAUUCUAGUACGGGAACGAGCAACGGAAAUGCAACGACUCAUAUUGGAAAUGUGCACUCGUCUAGCAGCCCAGGCGUUAACGUGCAUUCGAAUAGCGGCGUACUUUCCUCGAGUACGAUCUUGACAUCGUCCUCGAAUGUUGCAAGCUCCUCCUGUCUUCCAAAGCGAAAAACGAAAAGCCCAUCUCCGGCAAAUUCUCCACCAUUGUGUCCCUCCUCGACACCGACAAUUUUAUAUUCGACCAAUUCCGGAGGUUGUCAAAUAGAGUCGAGUUCGGUCUAUUCAAAUUCGGCUGGUGGUAAUAAUGUCGGUGGUGGUAGUGGUGGUGGUGGUGUUAGUAGUGGUGGUGGCGGUGGUAGUAGUGGUAACGGUAGUAGUGUUGUGAGUGGUGGUUGUGGUAAUGGUGUCGUUGGUAGUGUCGGUGCUUGUGGUAGUGGUGGUAGUGGUGGUGGUGGUGGUGGUAGUGGUGGUGUCGGUAGUGCCGGCAACAAUCAUCAAAACCCAGUUUCACCGAUAUCACCAAUACAAUCACCUUCUUCCUAUUCGUACGGUCUUUAUCAUCAAAACGGAACGCUUCAUCAUAACGCGACUCCUUUGUCGAUCAACUGUACGGUUUAUUCUCCAACCCCGAGCACGGGUAGCAAUGGCAAUCUCGUGUACGGCGAAAGAAGUUCGGACGGUAGACGUCUAGAUGUUCCGAGCAGCAGCCAUCAACUUCCCACCUCGUCGACGACUAUGCAAAUCGACGGGAGUCAAGCUGGCCUGAUCGCAGGAACGCACAAUCUUCACCUCGGCCAUCAUCCUGGACUCACUAUUCACGCGAAUUCCUCUUCCUCCGGGUCCCUCAAUCACAGAUACUCGCCGGCGAGUUCUCUCUCCCCGGACGAUCAUGGUUGCUCGCAGAGUGGCUCSCUCAGCCCUAACUCUCAGGGAUCGAGGGGUUAUAGGUCGUUGCCUUAUCCACUUAAAAAGAAGGACGGGAAGAUGCACUACGAGUGCAAUGUCUGCUGUAAGACCUUCGGACAGUUGUCGAAUCUUAAAGUUCAUCUCAGAACGCACUCCGGCGAAAGACCGUUCAAGUGCAACGUCUGCACCAAAAGCUUUACGCAACUGGCGCACCUACAAAAACAUCACCUCGUGCAUACAGGCGAAAAACCUCAUCAGUGCGAGAUCUGCAAGAAAAGGUUCAGCUCUACCUCGAAUCUAAAGACUCAUCUCAGAUUACAUUCCGGCCAAAAGCCCUACGCUUGUGACCUAUGUCCCGCGAAAUUCACUCAGUUCGUUCAUUUGAAGUUACACAAGAGACUGCACACGAACGAGAGGCCUUACACCUGCCAAGGCUGCGACAAAAAAUAUAUCAGUGCGAGUGGUUUGAGAACUCAUUGGAAAACGACUAGUUGCAGGCCGAACAGUAUCGAGGAUGAACUCGCUUUAGCAGCUGCAGUUGGCUCGCCGACCUAUUACGAAUAUGGUCCUGACAUGAAUGUUGGAACCAUGCCGAAGGAAUGCGAAUUGGAACACAUCGAAAAUUAUGAAAGGCACGGAUCGGCGCACGGGCCGCACACGACGUCUCUUCACAAUUUGGAGAACCCAGUGGCGAGGCCGAGCGUGAUAGAAACCUCCCAGCCACAUAUAAUCGAAUGUACCUAAGGGACGGGGAGCAGACCCUUUUGC